AUGCUGCUAGCCAGAUGCAGUUCUGGUCUUCCUUCUCAGCCUUCUAUGAUGCAAAGCCUUCUGCAUAGUGCAGUUAUGUCUGUUAUGACACUUUCUGUUGUUAUACCUGAGACUGACCUGCAUGAGGUGGGAAAGCUCAAGAUUCAUGAGAAGGCUGCAAAUAUUCUUCACGGCCUUCUUGUGAUAUUGCUUCGGGUUGCUUCUUACUUUACUUGUUUUUAUGAAUAA